ACAAAGUAAACUAAGCUAAUUAAGUUAAGCAGGCUACAUGAGAUAGGGAAAGACAUUAAUGGAAGAUAUCCUUUUCUUUCCUUCAAGAAGGAAACUUCAAAACAAUAAAGCUACUCUUCCACAUCUCCCUCUCUCCCACCCUAUCCUACCCUCUGCCCAUUAAAGUUUCUGCUAUUUAAAGCCUCCACCAAAAAGCUUCCAAUUUUUGUCUUUUACAUCCAAGAAAAGAGGCAACUGCAAAAGAGGGGCAGGAGAGAGAGAGAGAGAGAGAGAGAGAGAGAGAGAGAGAAUAAAUGUGGCAGACCCAGACCCACAAAUCUUCCUUCAGAGAAUCACUCAAUGCCCUUGAAGCUGAUAUUCAGCAUGCCAAUAGCUUGGCAGGCGGUCUAGCAUGGGAUUUAAGCGGGCAUUGUGUCCAGAUGAAGGUCUCUUACAGCCCUCUCGCCCCUUUCUUGCUAAUCCUGAUUGAAUGGAUGGACUAUAGUUGUUUAGAUUCCCUGCCCACCAGUUUAGGCCUCCUUCACAUACUUGUAUACAAAGUCUAUGUUGAUGGAAUGCCAACCAUUAUGUCUCCCCAAGAAAGGAAAGCCACCCUAAGAGAUUUUUAUGCUGUAAUAUAUCCUUCACUGAAGCAAAUGGAAGGCAACUUAAUGGGGAAGACAACCCAAUGCUCUGCCAAUUUAAGCAGACUAGUGGAAGAUAAUGUUGAGGGAGGAGAAGAUGAAUGCGGUAUAUGCAUGGAGAGCGGUGCAAAUAUGGUUUUGCCUAAUUGCGCUCAUUCCAUGUGCAUCAACUGCUUCCAUCAUUGGUACAUCCGAUCUCAAUCAUGCCCAUUCUGCCGAGGGAGCCUAAAACGUGUGGAAUCUGGAGACUUGUGGGUUCUAACCGGCAACUCUGAUGUAGUUGACACAAUAACGCUUGCACACCACAACCUAAAACACUUUUAUCUAUACAUCGAUAAGCUGCCGCGCGUAGUGUCAGAGACCAAUGCCUCAUUUUAUGAUUACCUGAUGUAAGAAAGAAGCAUUAUAUAUCAUCUGUUCAGGUUCAGGUUCAGGUUCAGGUGGAGUAUGAACUUUUAAAUGAAGCUGUAAAUAAGUAGUUCAAGUAUAGGGAACAGAGAGUGUAUAUCAGAUGCCACUUCAAACUCAGCCUUUUGCAACCUUAAUUGGUAUGUACAUGAUAUGUAUGGUAUGGAUUUAUGAAUCCACCCACAAAGCUUUUCAUACCACAAAAUUUAAAUUUCAUUACAUUCAGCAGAUGUUAUGUA